AUGUCUCCGUUCCCCCCGCCGAUUGAUUCCGGGAGGACCAUGGUGGCGGACGCAUCUCUAGACUACAAAGUUCAUGAAGAAGGCGCAGAGGAGGAGGAGGAGUUGAACGCUGAAGAGGAUCCUAUCAAGCAGCUCGACAUUCAGCUCAGAGAGCACUUUACGUUGCUGUACAUGUUGGAGCCAGGAAACCACCUGAACUCAAAGCUCGGAGUGAGAGAACUCUACAGGAAGGACUUGCUCACAUCAUUCUUCUACAAGGAGCCGCUGACAGCGCUCUACGCGCACAAGUUCUUCCAGGCGCUGUCGUUCAUAUAUGGUGGAUACCUGGUGACCAUGGCGUACAUGUCCACUUUGAAGUAUCACGAUUACGAGCAUCGGCUGGUGAAGAUCGAUACUGUGCUGGUCGAAACUGAUUACCAGAGAAACCCAACACGGAUCGACUUCAGUCUGGCGAGCUGCAGUUGGAAUGAGAACCUGAGCUUCGUCUUGGCUGCAGCCCAGGGUUUGUCAUACAUGCUGUCGUCGGUGUUUGCGUUCUUUGAGUGCAUGAAGGCUCCGAGACGGAUCAUUGUCCUCGGAGGGUGGAUCGUUGGAAUCGGGAACCUUGUUCUUGCCGUCGGGGCCAGGGAUGAGAUCUCCGAGCUUGACAACUCCCAGACCUUGACGUUGUUCUUUGUGACAAUCUUUGUGUUCCCCUGCCCCAUCCUCUUCCUGGAGACGUUCGCCCUGGAGCUGCUCGUGGUUUCUCUCGUCAUCAGGAUCAUUGGGUACGCGACGGUCAGGAGCUACAGGAUCGAGCUGCUGGUGGCCUUCGUGCUAUUCUUCGCAGCCCUCCUGCACAAGAUCUCCAGGAGGAUCGCUGCCUCCAAGGAGCUGAGGGUGGACGCUGCCAUGUUCGACAGCGCAUGGAAGUCGAUCACCAGCAUGGGGCAAGCUCAGUCAGCCCUCCAGGAGACUGACAGGCUCAUCAACGAAUUCUUCGUCUCCUUCCCCGGCAAGUCUACGCCUACCAGCAGGCACACGUUCAUCAUGCCGUCGUCGUCCAUGGAGGCACCGACGGUCGACGGAAGCAACAGGAGGCUCAGCCGGAUGAGCUCGAGGUCGAGGGUGAUGCCGAUCGACUCCAUGAUCUCGAUCUCCGUCAGCUCAUUAACGGACUCCAUUCCUUCUUACCCUGUUCACAACUUGGAUCAGCUGUACGCCCGGUCUGUCGUCGUGCUCCCAAUGCUCUUGCGUAAGGUGAUGACGGUAGGGAUAGAUUGGAGCGGAUACUGCUGCAUAGUGAAUGCGGACGGGCAAGAGAAGCAGUACCUUUUGUACAAGGACCUGGAGAAGUCCCCAGCUGCCAUGAGGAAUGUCUACUUCUCCAGCAUCAAGAACAUCAACCGGUCGGUUGAAAAGAUCCUGGCCUUCCUGUACGGCGACGUUUCUCAGCUCACAGACGUGGUGCGGCAGAGCAUCUUCUUCAACAGCCUGGAGGACCUGAAUGGGGCGCUGAAGCAGCUUAUGGAAGACACCGAAAUCGAGAUCGCGUACAUUAGAAACCGACUGAGCAGGCCGUGCAGCGGGUACAGAGACAUCACUUUGAACAUCUGCUUCACCAACGACCAGGCCAUCCAGAACAACUUGCUGGGUCACAUCUGCGAAGUCAGGCUUGCUCUGAUUGAGCUGCACUCGCUCGUCUCUCCAGCGAGCCAUGAAGCUUGCAUCAUGAGGAAGCUGAUCCUGCAGACGCGCAAGAUGGACAAGGGGAACGCCAGCAACGUGCUGUUCCUCAUCAAACAACGGCGAAAGUUCCUUCAGACUUUUACGUUCGUCAUGCAGUCAGGAAUGAUGGUCAGCGAAGGCGCUGCAGAGGGCGACACGUCCUCUGUCAGCUCUCUCCUUAUGGCAGCCAAGGGGAUGGUGCCGGGGGGGCUUUUGGACCACCUCGUCCACUCGGUCGAGGCAGGAGUGCACGACGCCAAGACAGGGAGCGUGAUUUUCUCCUCCCGGCCUCUCAGCAACGUCAUACACAAACGCAUGUUUCAGAUGGGGCUGGUGGUAGCUGGUGUUGUGAUGAUAGUCACUUACGUCUUGGACGACUACCUCCCGAUCAUGGAGCUGGUCAGUCGCAGCCACUUCGCUGUCUCGCAUGCCCGCAUCAAGGUGUUGAGGACAAGGUCGCCAGUUGCCCCCAACGCCUCCCUUGAGCGCUUCAGCUUCCUAAGAGACUGUGUCAAGCUGACCCCUGAGCUGAAGGCGAGGAACGAGUCGCACUUCUACUUUUCCUUCCCCAGUCCGAUCUCUGCCAACGGAUGGGAGUUCUAUACAGGCUCGCAGGAUUCUUCCUACCAGCACGACCCCACCGCUCUCGAGCUGCACGUGACCCAGGACAGUGCCCAGCUCGACCCUACGAGCUUGAGCGAGGCGAGCUGGGCACUGAAGUCAAAGUUUGACUGCGGGUUGAGCCCAAGGACCGAACUCUGUGAGCCGAAGGAGGAGAACGUGACGAGGACUCGGAACCAGCGGUAUCACUUCGACCUGAGGAUCUCCUGGCAGUGCGUUGCCGAGUUAGUCAAUAUCUCCUUCCGGAUGAUCGCGACCUUUGGUACACCCAUCCUCGCACAAGCAGGCUUCACUCUCCUGGGCAAGAUUGCCGUCGCUUGCGCCUUCCAUGCUACAGGAGUCGUCGAUCUCAUCGUCGCCACCUUCACGCCUCUGCCUCUGCUCGGAUUCCUGCAAUCUUUCCUCUGGGGACUCUUCGAGUUGGCGUAUGGCUCGGUGAUGCAGUUCAAGGAGCAGUACACGCUUACGCUGCUUCCUGUGUACUGCCUGGCCGGAUCCUUCAUGAACACGCUCCUCAUCAACCUUAGGGAUGGAGAAUUCAGCGUCACGAUCAGUACCCUGCGGCCCAACCACAUCUUCCUCUUCUUCGCCUGGGUUUCCUUCUUCGUCUGGAGGAGGUAUCUGCUGUACAAGUCAUUCAAGAGGAUCGAGCGAGACAUCUUUGAGUACGACGAGCUCUGGCGGCAGGUAGCGCAGGACGAGCGCAACCUGGCGGAGCUCAACGACACCAUGAACAGGCUCCAAGUCCACUGCUCUGCGAUACAGCACCUUUCCCUCCCCUCCGAUGGGAUGAGGAUACCGCGGACGCCCAUCGGCCUCGAGAGCACCUUCAGGCCCCAGCUGGCUCUCCAGAUCCAGGAGAAGCUCGCUCGCAAAAGCUCGCGACUGGUAACCAUGAUGGCCUUGACAAAGGAGCUCACUAUGACCACCUCCCAACUGAGGGUGAACUCCCUGGAGCAGCUGUACGCGCAGGCUCUCGUCGUACAGCCCGUGUUCUUCGAGAAGGUGAAGGAGCUGGGCUCUAGGUGCAACUGCUUCUUCCUCCUCGACGACUUCCUGCGGGAGAACGAGCGGUACAUCGCAUGGAAGGAGAUCACCGACGUCCCAGACCGCAUCACCAUGAUCAAACGCCCGGCCCUCAAGAACGUCAGCCGAGCCAUCCAGAAGGUCGUCCGAUCCUACAACGGCGACGUGUCGCGGCUUACGGACAUCGUGCGCUACGCGCUCGUCUUCGACGACAUCGUCGAGCUCAGGAGGGCCGUCGAGCUCAUCAUGGAGGAUUCCGACAUCAGAGUGGUGAGGGUGAAGAACAGGCUGGACCCUAACUACAAGUCGAUCAAGUCAGGCGGGUACAGGGACAUCUGUAUGAACAUCAGCAUCUCCAACCACUACACCCAGAGGCUCUUCAUCGAUCAUCACCUUUGCGAGCUUCAGCUGGUGCUCAGGAGCUUCAUGGACCUGAGGAACGAGAAAGGGCACAAGAACUAUCGCGUCUUCCGCGAUCAACGUUGUGAAUAG